GCACUCGUUGUACACCUCACCUCACGCUCAAAGGCAACCGCAAGCACGCAGCUUUUUUCUUGCUCCCGCAAUCGCCCCAUCACCCCUCCGACUCCGAUUCCUCGCGUUCCACACGGCCCUCCGAAUCUCCCUUUCCGCGUGCGCGCGUCGAUUCCUCCUCCGUGCCCAUCGCCGAUUUGGGGUGUCGACGGGUCGGAUAGGGCGGUAGCAGCACUGGCCGGAGCCGAGAGCCCGAGACCUUUCGCCGCCCAUGGCGCAGCCGCAGAAGCGAGUCUACGAAACUUGGAAAGGGAAUAAUAGGUUCUUGUUUGGUGGGAGGUUGAUAUUCGGACCCGAUGCCAAGUCCCUGCUCGUCUCUGUUUCGCUCAUCUUGGUGCCUGUUCUGGUCUUCUGCGUGUUUGUUGCACGGCAUCUCCGGCAUCAGUUCUCCACCUACAAUGCAGGAUAUGCGAUUCCUGCGGUCGCGAUAAUCUUCAUGAUCUAUGUGCUUGUCUUGCUGUUCAUCACCUCAGCGCAGGACCCUGGCAUUGUGCCUCGCGCAUCGCAUCCACCGGAGGAAGAGUUUGCAUAUGGCAAUCCAUUGAACGGGGGCACACCGGGCAGGCUGCAAUUUCCCCGUGUGAAAGAAUUAAUGGUAAAUGGGACGCUUGUGAAAGUUAAGUAUUGUGACACCUGCAUGAUUUACCGGCCCCCUCGGUGCUCACACUGUUCAAUUUGCAACAAUUGUGUGGAGCGCUUUGACCAUCAUUGCCCUUGGGUCGGACAAUGCAUUGGACAGCGCAAUUAUCGAUACUUUUUUCUGUUUGUUUCCUCGUCGACUCUUCUUUGCAUCUAUGUAUUUGCAAUGUCCGCAUUAUACAUCAAAUUCCUCAUGGAGGAGGACUAUCCUACAGUGUGGAAGGCGUUAAAACACUCUCCAGCAUCUUUGGUACUUAUGAUAUACUGCUUCAUCGCCCUCUGGUUUGUUGGUGGACUCACUGGAUUUCAUUCAUACCUCAUUUGCACCAACCAGACCACCUAUGAGAACUUUCGAUACAGAUCAGACAACAGGCCUAAUGUCUAUGACCAAGGAUGUCUGAAUAACUUCCUAGGAGUGUUCUGCAGUAAGACAAAACCUUCUAAACACAAAUUCAGAGCCUAUGUACAAGACGAAGUACGAGCUCCAGUAGUUAACUUUGGUAGGCAGAUGGAAGAAGAGACAGCUGGUGGUCCUCGGGCAAAAGUAGAAGAUGAUCUUGAGAUCGGUAGUGAUCUCCUGCAGAUCUCUCAGCGGCGCAACUAUGGGGAUGUCGACAUUGAAAUGGGAAGUCAGGAUUGCAAUGAGAUGGAAAGCAUUGCCAGUGCCAAACUUGCGAUAGGUUCUGAAUCACAGAUUCCUGCAAUCGGAAGUGAGGUACGAGUGCGGCAUUCUAGCUGGGAUCGUAGAAGUGGGAAUUGGGACAUGUCAUUAGAUGUAAUUGGAAGAAGUGCAUCAGAUGUAAUUAGAAGAAAUGCUUCAAGCAGUGAGGCUGCACCUCCAUUUCAAACAGAAGCUCAAUAGUCAAUUAUUCGUGCAUUCAAAGAUGUGUCAGAAACUUGAACUUGGAUUUUGAAGGCUGUUUAACUGAUGAUGACACAUACCAAGAGAGCAAGAAAGAAAAAUGCACAUGACUGCAUUUUGACUUUGACUGCCGUAAUUGGUAUUUUCAAUCCCUUUUCAUGUAUGACAGUUACUUUAGUCAAAGAUUCCGUGUGGUUGGGGUCACAUAUUUGUUUUUCCUUUUUGUGUGGCAAUCCGAUCUCACAGCGUCCUCAUGAUUCUUUUUGUAAAUUACUAUCGCAUGAUAGUCAUCCACCUGUAAUCCCUCUGCAGCUUCCGUCAGGAAUUUCUGUAUUGUGCAUUUCCAUUAGCUUUCA